CAAUGAAAAUUAUGAUAUUCUUUUCAAUUAAAUUAUACAAUUUAUAUUUGAGUGGAAGGAAAUAAUUCAGGAUAUGUCAUGUCACCGAAACGCACAUUGAAUUCAAAUUCUUUUUAAUAGUAGAAUAACAUAACAUGCAAUUAUUGUCAGCACCUUUUCCUGUUAAUUUCGUAUAUAUAUUUGAUUUUAAACGAAUAUGUUUUCAAUAAUUGAAAGAUAAUUUAAUAGAAUAUUGACUGUAUAUAUAGACAAAUUAUGGAGAAUUUUGUUUUCUUUAUUUUCUACUGCAUUGUUUUACUUUUUCUUCGUGAAGGGAUAUCUUUAAGAUGUCAUUCUGGAAAUCAAGAAAUGGACAUACAAUUUCAAAAAGUGUUAAAAACUUGUAGAAAUCGCCAUAUCGAUUUAAAUACGGUUAAUUCGAAUGAUUCUAUAUCUACAGAAAACAGUGAUAUAGGAAGUGAUUUUGUUUUUGAAGAAAAUGUAUACGAUAAAAAUAUUUUUCAUAAAAAUAACAAUAAUCAUUCAUAUAAUGAAUUUACAAAUAAUCAAAAAUAUAGAAAUUCUGACAAAAAUAGCGGUACAAAUAUUUAUUCAUCUAAUCAAUUAAUUAAAGGAAAUACAAGAUAUUUACAAAAUAUAAAACGUAUUCAUGAAAUGAAUAAUCGAGAUUUCUGGAAUUCUAAAAAUUUGCGUAAUAGAAAAAGUGAUUUUAAUAAUAAAGAUAUGAAUAACAAAGAUAUGUAUUUCAAUAAUGAUACUAAUCAAAAACAAAAUUGUAUCAUACAAUGUUUUUUUAAUGAAUUAAAUGUCGUUGAUCAAAAAGGAUUUCCAGAAAGAAAUUCAGUAAUUUCAUUAAUAAGUCAAAAUAUUCAAAAUCCAGAAUUGAAGGAUUUUGUUGAAGAAUCAAUUAUAGAAUGUUUUCGUUAUUUUGAAUCAAAUAAACGAGAAAAAUGUGAAUUCUCACAAAAUUUAUUAAAAUGUUUAAAUGAAAAAGGACAGCAAAAAUGCGAGGAUUGGAAAAAUUAA